AUGGUGUGCCUUCAAGAUGUUGGUGUGGUUAGAGCAUUAAGACUUACGAAAUUCUUAAUUGAAACUGUCAAGUCUGAGCGUGCUAUAGCUGAACAUGAGAUGACACAGAAGCUGAAAGAAGUGGUGAAUUUGGAGGUUGCUAGAGUUGAGAGAGAGCUGGCCGAAAAAGUGAAUGAGAAGGUCAAGAUAGAGUAUGUUAGGGUGCAAAACAAGAUGAAGAAGAAAGUAAAGCUUGAGACAAUGGCCAUGGUAGUUGUUGGAGCAAUCAUUGGGAUAUGGACUGCUUUUUGA